AUGUCCAAAGUAGCACUGCCGUUCCAGCAAAUGAUGAAACGAGCAAGCCGACCGGAACAAGGAAGCGAUAGCGACAGUCAAGAUGUGAGUAGAUUAGAUCAUCCAUUAGCCAAAAUUAGGCACCAAAAGAGGGCGUCACGAAAAGCAUCCAUUACACACAAUUCUCGGACUCGGAUUUCAACAAUUUGCAUGACUUUAAUCAAAACGAACAACAGCUUUUCUCAUUUGUCGAUGCGUACCGACCAGAAGAGAUCCGUCCUCGCCCUCUUUUGA